CAACUCUACAAGACAUGGAAUCUUAUUACGACAUUUUAAAAACUUCACGAGCUCAUUUAAAAUCAGAUGGGAAACCUAAAACCUCAAAGUUUCAUAAAUGGACGAAUGUUGUAAAACCUCUAUACGAUAGAAUGAAAAAUGAGGAAAAGCAAUUAAACGAAGAAAUAGAUAAAAUUAAUAACUCAAGAACUCCUCGAUUAAGUUUAGCACAAAUUACAGAUCAUUUAUCUAGAUCUAACACUAAACGUAGUAAUAUUCAUAAUAAUACAACUAUACCAAAUGAUCCAUUUGAAUUUCGUCCAACAGCAAACAGUUCUAUGACUACAGAUCCAAAGAAUGAAAAAAUGUUUAAUUUUACUGCAACCCCAAAGGUUAAGAGAGGUUCUGGUUUAUAUAAAGAUGUAAUACCUCAAACACAAUUAGUUUAUUAUGACGAUCCGAAUGAACUAAAGAAUUACGCGAGAGAAAUAUUAUAGUAUAAUGACAAUCUUAACCAGUUUAGCUGAGGAGUU